AUGUCCGCCACGGCCGAGUCUUCCGACGCCCCUAUCCAACUCAACAAGAUCAUCAAGGAUGCAAUCGACGCCACCCGUUUCGUCGUCGUGCAGUCUCACAUACGAGACAAUGUUAGGGCUCUGGCCUCGCGUUCUGGCGAGCCCUUGAAGGACGGAGAGCUAGUCGUCUGGCGGCGCCCUGGAGCACGGCCAAUCGAAGGGCAUGUUGUCCUGGUAUCGGGCGUCAAUGUUGAGCAGGGACCGUAUGCCUACCUCGGCAACAUGGUUGGUUUCUUUACAAGGCUGCGCCCACUAGGUGCCCCGGAGGACAGAUCGGUAGCCGUUUCGGCGAAUCAUCUCGAGGCAAGAAGCGUGAUUGUGGAUAGAGCGCGCCCACAAUUAGCCCUCGAGGCGGUCCUUCCUCUAUCCUCCGUGAAUCAUGGAGA